GCCGAGACUGCGUCGCCGGACUCUGCUUUCACCACGCCUGCGCGGAGGAAGGGCGGGCGGGAGCCGGCCGGGUCUGCCUUCCGCGCGUGCGUUGUUGUGAAGGUGUUGUCGGCGGCAGGGCUGGUGGUUGGAGCGGGGUCCUUCCUGGCCCGGCUCGCCUUCUUCGCCGUUUCGCUUUCUUCUGCGUCCGCCCAGGCUUGACCAUGUCGUACGGCCCGUUGGAGACUUACCGGCCGGGGGGGCUGCCCCCCCGGGACUUCAGCGCCAUCAUCCAGAUCUGCAGCAGCAACGUACAGCGCCUGGCACAAUGCACUUCUCAGAUAAAGAAUUUGAUGAGUCAGCUGGGAACCAAGCAAGACUCCAGCAAGCUGCAGGAAAACCUCCAACAGUUGCAACACACAGCAAACCGGCUUGCCAAAGAGACGAACGAAUGCCUAAAGGAGCUGGGCUCCCUGCCGCUCGCCUUAUCCACGUCGGAACAGCGCCAGCAGAAACUACAGAAGGAGCGUUUAAUGGAUGAGUUUUCUGCGGCCUUAAAUAACUUCCAAGCAGUGCAGAGAAGAGUGUCUGAGAAAGAGAAGGAAACUGUUGCGCGGGCAAGAGCUGGCUCCCGUCUCUCUGCAGAUGAGAGGCGCAAGGAAGAGCAGUUGGUCUCAUUUGACAGCAAUGAAGAAUGGAAUCAGAUGCAGUCCCAAGAGGAAGACGUAGCAAUAACAGAACAAGACCUUGAAUUGAUUAAGGAGAGAGAAACUGCCAUUAGGCAAUUGGAGGCAGAUAUCCUGGAUGUGAACCAGAUAUUUAAAGAUUUGGCUAUGAUGAUCCAUGAUCAAGGAGACAUGAUUGACAGCAUAGAAGCAAAUGUAGAAAAUGCAGAAGUCUACGUGGAAGGCGCCAACGAACAGUUACAGAGAGCGGCUUAUUAUCAGAAGAAAUCUCGUAAGAAGAUCUGCAUCCUGAUUCUCGGCUUGGUUGUGGCUUCUGUAAUCCUGGGACUCAUUAUCUGGCUGGCGUCAAAAUGAAAUCCUGACGUGGAAUUGAAGUAGAUGCAGAGUUGUUGUUGUUUUUUCCCAGGGGAAAACGGGUAGGCUAGCCUGUGGAAUGAAUUGAAUUGAUUGCGAUGAGAUGACGCACAGACCGGUUUUCCUCUAGUAAUUAUUACAUAUAGAAACUAACAUGAAGAUAACUAGUUCUUGGACUUAGUGAACCAUGAAGACAGUAUUUAUCAGUUCGUGUGAACUUUAUUUUAUGUAAUUAAACUUAACUUUGUGGGUUUUUUGUUUUCUGUGCUAUGCUGCGGCUGUCCCGAAUGUAAAGUGUUGAAGGGUGUGAUCAGUAAUCUAUGAUGAUCUUGUUUGUUGACACAUGCAUUACUGACUUGAUUUUUUUUUUUAAUACAUGUGUGCUGCUUUUAUAAGUGACUUGCAUAGGGAUAACUUUCAAGGGCAAAAUCUGAUUAACCAAGCAAUUUUCAGCUCCGAACAAAUCACGAGGCAGUUCAAAGAACCCAUCCAGGUGCAAGCUUGUGAGCCACUUAUUUAUUUCAAACACUUGUUCGUGUGUUCCGUCUUAAAUGGCUUCUGAAAUGUUCCUGCUUUUCAGAAACUGCUUCUACUAUCGCACAGCGGGAGAAAAGUUCAGCUUCCCAUGGUGCACCCAGUUAAACAUUCCAUUUCCUACAUUGUAGCCUUUAGCUUUUAAGCUUGUCAGGGGCAAGUUCUAGACACAUCUGCCUUUGGAAUCGCACAAAGAAAAAUGUUGAGGCCAUCUGGGUUUGGAAACCAGAACGUACUCCACAAUUGACUAGUUUAGCCAGGAGAGAGAGAAAUAGCUAGUCUCUGGGAAUAGGCUUUCUCCCCAUUUCAUGUCCAUGGUGACAGUGAAUCAUUUAGCAGUGUGUCCUGCCAUUUUGUUUCCUUGUGGUGGUGUGGUCAGUGACAGGCUAUUGAGCACUCCAGUAUGGUUUGGUUUAUUGCCUCUAACACAUGCAUUUGUACCAUGAACUGCAGCACUGAAAAAUCAAAGGACGGACCCUGUGAUGUGCAAAAAUGGAGAUAGCCAGGAGACAUUGUGCAUUUGGGGAGUAACUGAAUGGUAUCUCCCUGUCUUUUUCAACAGAAGGUUUCGGACCUUUGUGGUAUACUUGGCUGAAAGUAUUUCUUGCCUCUCUAGACUGUGAGAGCUUCUCUGCUCUGAGCUGCUGUUUAUUAAAAGGAAUUGCUGGGUAGGGCUCUUGAGCUGGUCCUCCUCCUAAAAAUAACUGAUGAGAAAAGCUGAGAAGUUGACUUAGUAAGAUCCUGUAUACAAAAAGCCACAAAAUCCUUAUACUGACACACUCCCUAUUUAUUCUUUUUUUAAAAACCUUUUCCUUUAAAUUGCUAAACUGUGAAAGUUGGUGUAGGUGAAGAAUAAUGCCCUCAUUUGCACACAUCUUUCUUUGCACUACUGCUUCACCAUUCCAUCCACGUAACAAUCAAUAAACAUUUUUAAAAGGA